AUGAUUUCUGAAGGUUUCCAGUUGUCUAGUCAAAGUUUACCUUUAAACCAAAAGGAAAACCCUUACUUCAUGGAGUACAAUCUUCAAGAAAUCUCUUUUGAAAAUGUAGGGAUCUUUAAAUCAAAGCAAUUUAGGUAAAGAAAAAAGACGAUUGAAUACGGAUAAAAAGAUAGAAGCAGUGCAAUAUACAAAUACUUAAAGGAAAAGCGAAAAGCAUUUCUCAAUUAUAGACCAAGGGCUUAAAUUUCAUAAUUUUCUGCAGAAGAAGACAGAAUUUUAAUCUUACUUGUAAAGAAGUUGGGGCCUAAAUUCAAUAAAAUUACAAGGUACUUUUCAGGAAAAACAAUCAACAUGAUUAAAAACAGAUAUUAUAAGGCACUUCGUCAUAUUGAAUCUUAAGAAAUACCAAAAGAAAUAGAAGAAGAGUUACUUUAAAACAAAAAUGAAUCAAGAAUUAUUGGAAGAAAAUUAUUAAACUUUUGGCCUUAACAUAAAUAAAUGAGCUCUGUAAUUGAAGGUAGCCCUCUCUUUCCUGAAGCCAAAGAAAUAUUGCAUACAUUUUUAUCUUCAUUCUAACAGUUAAUUAGCAUUUGCAAAUAAUGA